CCUGCCCCUCCAUUAAGUUUCAAGCGUCUCUUCCUCCUGAACUGAACCACACACACCAAACAGGAUUGGACAGGAAACAGACUGGUUCUUCUGGUCCUCACCUCCGCCUCAUCCCAUCUUAUUAUUACCUUGCUUCAUCCGCCCCCUGCUUCACUGCAGAUCUAUUCAUAGCUCUUUUUAUCUAAUUUCAGCGUCCAGCCCACUUAUUUUUACUGAAUCUUCUGACUCAUUCACUCAUUCAGCACAGCACAGCUGUGUCUCCCAGUUUUUUAAAUAGUGUUAUAUUUUCCCAUCCUGCACCCACUUUUUUUUGUAUCAUCUUUCCAUCUUGCUCUUUUAAUCUUUGCCCUGAGUGUCUUAUCCCAUUGCUUGGCCUACCUUGGUUCUUGGCAGUAUGUGGUCCAACUUUUUUGUGCAGCAAGAAGAGGAGGGUCGUGUUGGGAUGGCAGGGGCUGGGCAGAGUGGGGGCUUGGGCGGAAUGAAAGGGUUUAGAGGACAAAGACGCACCAACAAGAUGAGUGACAGCCAGGAGGGAAAGAUCAAGCUGGCUUUCUUCAUAUCUAUUGUUGGGGUGACCCUAACAGUGUUGGGCAUGGGGACAGAGUUUUGGGUUGAGCUGGCCCAACCAAAGAAUUUCAGUGGCAACCAGACCUGCCAGAUGGCCCAUUAUGGCCUGUGGAAGGGUUGCAUCCGCACCCUGUGGGUGGCUGACAUAGACCCAGAGAGGACAAGCUGUGGCCCCGCUGAACUACCUGGAGAAUCCAACUGCACCUACUUCAAAUUCUUCACCUCUGGGGAGAAUGCAGUCAUAUUCAAGAAGACGACUAACAGGAAUCUGAAUCUAGGAGCAGCUAUCUUGGCUCUAUUAAGUUUGACGAUGAUGGCGAUGGGCUCCAUCUGUAUCGCAAUGUCUCUCAGCAAAGGAGUGGCCUUCUUUCUCAAACCAGCCUCCUUCUGUUUCAUUCUGUCAGGUGUACUGGUCCUUCUGUCUGUUCUGAUUUUCCACCAGUCUGUAUUGGCUUUGCUGUCCAGUGACCACUCCGUACCUCUACACCAUGAGCUGUCCUGGUCUGUGGCCUGUGUGGGUUCAGCGGGAGCCAUUCUCAUUUUUGGCGGCUUCCUCUUCAUCAUCCUCUCACUUCCUUUUAGUCCUUGGCAGAAAUGCUUGCCACACAAGAAUAGCACCACCUAGCCCUGAACCCUGAAAUAUGCAUUCAGUAUUCUUAAUGUUAGAGAGCAAGUAAAAAACACCUGACAGCUGUGACUUUAAGCUUGCUCAGAUAAGUCACACUAGGUCUUAAUGAAAUGUAUGAAGAGGACUUAACAUUAACAAAACAUGGAAAGGCCUCUAAGUAGAAUGUUGAUUUUAUUUAUUUUUUGUUAUUUUUUAGUAGAAAAUAGAGAAAGGUACAGAACUACUGUUCAUAUUUUAAAGUGGAUGAUUUACUUGAACAAGUGUCACCGAUAGGCUUGUUUGCAUGCCAGCAACCGUACAACUGUUUUAUAUUUUUAGUAGCAUACUUUUUUAUUUAAUUAUUUUUAAGCUUGUUUUAUAUUAACUCUGCCAUGACAAAAAAAAAAAAGAAACUAAAGGCCAACAAUUAGAUAAAAAAUAAGCUGUCCAUACCCUUCAGGAUGACUCAUCAUAAAUGUAUUGCAGCCCUUUGCACAUUUGGUGUGGCUGCAUGAGAAAAAUUUCCAAAUCAGUCAGAAACUCUACACAGAGACAGUUUGUAUAAUAUGCGACUAGAACCAAAUGUGAGUAGAGCUUGAGACCAUAUAGAGAUUUCACCACAAGUGAGUGUAAUGUAAUGAUGUUUGUGACUGGGUUCUUCAUUCUGACAGAUCGUAUAUUGCUUUCUACUCUGGUAGCUAUAUUUGGAUGUUAAAAAUCAGUCAAACCAUUACACAUAUAUCUGGUGGCCCUGUCAACAUCCUUAAUGUGCACAAAAAAACAAAGCGUUGCAGUUUUUUCAGCGUACUUUGCUGAUCAUGUCCUGCUUAGACUGUUGUCAUUCCAUUAAAUUAAUAGAAUGACAUUAAAUAUUAAGGCGACCUAAAGUUUUUUAAGGCUCAAGAAAAUUUUGAUGGACUUCUGGUCAGGGUGCGAACCACAGGGG